AUGGUUACUCAAAGGGAUAUUGACUUGAACGCUCCUUUGGAUGCUAAUGCCCCAUCAAGUUUGAGCAAAUCGCCAUUGACUCCCGAAUUGACAAAAGCCGCAAUCACUUUACACGGGGACAGAUACAAGCAAUCGCAAGCUAACUUGACUCGGUUUGUGAUAUGGCAUCCCUAUUUUGUUGCAUUGUAUUCCAUGAUAUUCCCAACUGUGUUGGCGUAUUACUUGUGGGACUACAUCUCAAUAAGUGACAAUUUAGUUGAAAUGUACUUUAUCGUGUCUAGGAACAAGAGAGACUUCAUUUUCCACAUUAUUAAAGCUAUUCCGACAAUAGCUGGUAUUUUCGGUAUAUUUGGAUACAUUGCAUACAUAUUGGGGGACCAACUCGGAAGCAUAACUCAUCGAUACGUGGCUGAAAAGUAUUGUAAUUUCACUUUUGGAUUUGAUAUCAAAGAAUUUGCCCAAGACCCUAAAACCCCACUUUUGAAGAACGGAAAGAAUUCAGAAUUGAUCAUUUACAGAAAUCAACCAAUUGCUAUAGCCACACUCAAGCCAGAUUUGGAGCAGUCAACUCCAGAAAAUUUCAUUGUGGUUAUUACCGGUAUCCAUGUUAGAAAAGUUUUCAACACCGUUGAUUUUGAUCUGUUGUUGAUUGAAUGGGCCGUUUUGAGAUCAAGAGAGUUGUAUCAAGAGUUUUUGCUUAAAAAGGGCUCCAAAGUUAAAAAUGGAACUAUAUUUGUCACCACUGAUUCUUACUCGUUUGACAAACAGCAACAGACAACAUUGUCACGUUGUGGAUUCAAGUUACUUAGCUCAUCAUUGGAGUUGAACCCAUUUGAUCCUACUUCAAAAUCAUACGAAAGAAGUUUCAACAACUUCCUUGGUAUUGCUAGAAAUACUUUUGGACUUUUAUUGACCACAGAAAGGGAUGAUGUGGAAUUGCUCAAGGGAUCCGAUUUACUCGAAAAGGACCAAGUCAAGAAGAGGCAUUAA